GUAGAAGAAAAAACUAAAUCACGGAAGAGAUUAUGCAGCGCUAGUUUGGCAAGUUUCUUUUGCGGUCUCAAAGCAGCGGAGAUAGACGGAAAAGAAGGAAAACAAACACAAAGUUGGGCACAUUUGAUCUGUUCGCUUGUCCUGUAGGAAGUAUAUGAGAGAGACAGCAGUCAUGGAGUCAGCCAUUCAGACGGUAGUGGGUGUCUUCCUGAAAUCAGCCAAAGGGAAGGAGAGUUUGGGAGGGAAUGACUUCCAGAAGCUGGUGAAGAGCCAGCUCCACAACAUCAUGAUGGACACUGACAGCUCCGAGGCGGUGAAGAAAAUGCAACAGGGCCUGGAUGCUAACCAGGACGGUAAAGUCAACUUCGAGGAGUACAUGAAGCUGGUGGGCUACCUAGCAACCUCCCUGAGCGUGCAAUGCACCGCUGCCGUGGACACGCCAGCUGAGAGUGCGGCCGCUACAACAGAGACCAAGAAUGCACCAGCACCAGCAGCAACAGAGGUAAAGGAAGAGAAGGCAGAAGCUGAGGCACAGCCAGAGGAGGCACAGGCUGAGCCAGAGACAGCCACAACUGUAGAGGCACCAGCAGAGGCAGUCGUAGAGGCAGAAAAGGUGGAAGAGGUGAAAAAGGUGGAGGAGCCAGCACCAGCAGCAACCGAGGAGGAGAAGACAAAGGAGGCCUCAUAGGAGUUUACCACCGGUCCAGUCCGGACAUUACAAUACACACCAACACCAAACUGAUAGACACCUCACUACCCUAAUACAAACUACAGUACAUUAUACAACCCACCCUUCAAACAGGAGUGCUAAUACCAUAAUAAUAAUAAUACCAUGCAGUACAGUAUAUGUUGCAACACCAUAAUAGCACAUACAUGUUCAUACACACAUACAUAAACCCAGUAUUUGGUACUAAAAUAAACUACACUACAAUUACUUACAUUGCAGCAGUACAUGCCAUUAUGUUGAUAUACUUCCCCCCUAUAUAGCACACUAUACUUUAUUAUAUGUAUAUAUAAUUCAUUCUGCCAUUCAUUGAUGUGAAAUUUUGACACAUUUACACACCUGUAGAGCUGAUUAAUCUUGAUAUACACUGACACACAUGCAAUACUAAAUGUUUUUAUAUUUGCAUUCCUUCUUUCUCCCUUUGCCCAUCUAUGACGCAAUGCAACACUAUACUACAGUACAUUCCACAAUGUACAGUCAAGUCAGGCCAUCUCAAGUUGUUCUUGAGAUGUUGCAUGACAUUUGCUACACAUCAAAUUCUCCAGUGUUAGAUUAACACUGACAGUGUUAAAUCAACACAGAUAGCGUUACAUUUAACACAGGUCCAGUGUCUAUACAGAUCCACACUUUUCAGUGUUAAAUUAACACACUGCUCAGUGUAAAAGCCUUAUUUUCAAAUUUCCCAGAAGGCCCGCCUUGCCUUUCGAGUGAAGUUUAGAGUUACCACCCAUGACUGUAUUUGUUAGUGACAGAGACAUGGUUGUUGCAUUCAUCCAUUUUCAGCCCUGUGGCCUCCACCAAGUGAAUACAUAAGUGAAUACAUUAUCAUACAGUUUUUAUUAUGUAACACAAUAUAUCAUGUAUUUCUUAAGGCCUUUUACCAUUAAACAGUGACCUGAAACUCAUUGUUUACAGGCCACAUCAUGCCUGCAAGUCACAUUAGGCUGGCUUGCAAAGCGAUGUGUAAUUUCUAUUGGAAUCCAGCCAGAGUGUGGAUAUAAAACAUUUAGAAUUUUUAAUGACACUCAUCCUGCAUUCAGAACAACUACUGGGUUGAGAAGAUUAGCAUAUAAGGCCAACUUAACCAUUUUAACUGGAACAACUAUUUCAGUAAUGGUGCGGAAGUCCAAGUACCAGAUUGGAUUAGUUUAGAAAAAUGUAUGUUAGUUAUAUUUGAGAAGAAUAAGAUUAAUGAAUGUACAUGCAAAUACAUAGAUAUUGAAACAAUUCUAAAAAUAUGCCUGCAGUAGAUCAUGCUGGGAAAUAUGAUAAUGAUGGGCGUGGUUUUGGUUUAACACUGGUUAUUAACAUCAACACUGGUAUUCUUUUACACCAAUGAGUGUUCAUUUAACAAUUAAAGAGAGAAUUUAACAUGACUUAACAUUAGAAAUGUUACAUUGACCAAUUUGCUUUGCAAGAUUGUCUAAGUGCUCUCUCUCUCUUUUCUUCCCUUGCAACUCUGUCAUUGAUAUUAAGCUCUGACAUGGCAUGAAUGACAAUAAACAAAUUGUGUUGCUAGG